AUGGCUGGAAUACGCGUUGACCCCCCGCGUGUCGACUUCAACGACGUGAGAGUCGGGACGGUUUACAGGACCAAAGUCACGGUAACAAAUGUUGGGAAACGUUCGAAGACAAUAUUGAUGGGGAAGCCUGUGUUAAAGUUGUUCAAGUUCACAGCAUCCAGCACAGCCAUGGUGGUGGCUUCUGGUCUGUCUGUAAGCGGCCUGCUUGAGUUUAAUCCGGAGGAAGAGGAGGAGGUCAGAGACCGCCUUCUGAUUCAUGUAGAUGAUGUAGAGACCAUCAAAAUCCCUCUGCUGGGAUUCCCCAGGGCUUGUUCCUUCCUAACAGACUCAGUACUAGACUUUGGGUGUAUCGCCGCAAGCAGUCAGGUGAUCAGCAAACAUCACCGUAUAACCAAUCAGGGAUCAGCACCAGGCGUGUUCCAGGUGCAGUACAAUGGAGACCCCUCAGUUAGAAUCUCACCCUGCAGUGGAGUCGUAGCAGCUGGUGCCACCCAGCGGCUGAAUGUGGAACUGUGCACGGACAGACCCAGGCAGAUUGAUGAGAAGGCUCUGCUGAAGCUCCAGAAUCGCUCUGCUGUGCUCAGUAUAAAGGCUGAGGUGGUGGACCAGCACCUUGAGGUUUUUGACGAGCAGGGGGCUCCACUCUCCCAUCUGUUGUUUGGACCUGUAUACUUCGGGACGUCCAGCGUGGAAAACGUGGUUCUGAGAAACAAUUCACCCCGGGCAUGUGACUGGGUUUGCCUGCUCCAGGAUACUGCGGCUGGGACCGAGGCGGGAGUAGAUCUUCUGAAGGGCACUGACGGGGCUCUGCUGGAGAGCUGCAGCCCAGUCAACCACGACGUCUCUCAGGUCUUGGUGUGCGUCCCCAGACAGGGUCGACUGGGACCGUAUGAUAAAACCAGUGUGGGACUGUGCUUCAGCCCCAUGAGCAAGAGUGACGAGAGAAAGCGCGAUCACUCCACCAGACGGCAACACUACUGUCUCUACCUGCUGUUUGAGUCGGUGGAAAGCAGAUGUGGCUUCACUCACCAUAAGGGUAACAGCAGUGUGGAGCUGGCAGUGACAGGCUCUGGACUGCCUGUGUCUCUGGUGCCUCGUCCCUCUCGAACGUUCGAUUUCCUCACCUGUGUGACAGGUCAACGCGUGGACCUGCUGUGCCUGCUGCAGAACCUCUGCCCUCUACUUCCUGUCAAAUUCCGCUUCCGCAAAGCAGCGCAUUUCACCACCAACCCCUCCACUGGCACAAUUGGCCCCGGGCAAUGCCAGGAUGUAGUUUUGUCUUUCACUGCGGGGCAGCAAGGGCGCUUCCAGGUGUGUCAGAAGCUAGAUGUCUUAGGUGAUACUGUUCAGAGGACCAGUAACACCGCUGAAGAUGUUACUGGAAUUGAGCUUCACUGCUUCUACACCAUCACUCUUAACCUGUCUGCUGUGUGCUGCAGUGAGACCACACACCCCGUGCCUAAACGGAAUCCUGCAGUGACCUGUCCGACCGGACCCCUGCCUCUCGUCCGGUACAGCGAUCUGUCUCGCUGCCGCGGGAUGGCGUUUGCCGCCGUCCUCUGCGCUGACCAAACGCGACUCCACGAACAUCGCGGGCAGAGGAGUCAGAGGACGGAGGGGGAGGAGUUCUUGGCUUUUCCUAAUGACCGCGCCACGAGCAUCAGGCCUGCCGCCGCACACACACAGUACAGGACCAUCUUCACCGGUGUACACCGCUAUCGCUAUGUGGACACCAGCUAUGCUUUCACUGAGGAAGAAGAGGGGCAGAGACAGAGGGAUCGACAGAUUUACGCAGAUUUCAUCGAACAGCUCAGAAGAACUCGCCUGCAGAAGAUCAGUGAGAGACUGCAGGAAAAAGUGGAGGACAACGACGUGGAUAUCGGGAUUGUUCCUUCUCACGGGCUCGUUCCACCUACACUCCGCAUCAGUGACCUGGAGAGCAGUAAGAUCUCAGAGACAAAACCGAACUACAGCUCUGCUUCUCCAGCAGCCAGACGUAGCUGCCCCGAAGACAGGACAUCCAUCAACCGGCAGCUUAACAGUCAGGUAAUGAGUGCAGUUCCCUCUACCAGCCAGGAGGUGGCAGACUGCAACAGGGCUCUGACAGCUCAGGAGCUCUACCAAGUUGUCAUAGGUCCGUUGUUAGUGGACUUCGGCGAUGUGUGUGUGCAGUCGGUGUGUGUUCAGAAGCUGGAGCUGAUCAAUCAUCUAUCAGUGUUCGUCUGGGUGCAGCUGGAGGUGGACUGCCCGGAGCUACAGGGCUCCUCACCCCUCUCCCACGUCCUGCCACCUCGCUCCCUCAACACCCUGCUGCUGACAUUUCAGAGCAGCAAAAUGGGUCACUUCUACAGAUCUGUAUCCUUCUCUGUGAACCAGCAACACCCUGGUCAGAUUCUGGUCCAGGCCCAGGUCGUCCCCUUGGCCCUGGAGCUGUCCACCGACCUGCUGGUGCUCCGCCCCACCCACACAUGGCUCGCCCAAUCAGGAUACAGGAGCUCGGUUACCCUUCGGAACCAGCGUAACCGCGCUGCAGAAUUCACAUGGAGGCCGGUAGUCACAGAGAGCGGCCUCCUCUUCACCAUUCGACCAGCUACAGGUACAGUGGAGCCGUACAGGGAAUUGGACUGCGAGGUAGUGUGGCAUCCCUCCUUCACCUCCCCUUCUGAGGGAGAGUUCGACCUCUGUGUUCAUGAGGGCAACACACAACGCCUGCACUGUGUUGCUAAGGUCGGGUCCACCAGCGUCCAGCUGGCAGAGAAAAAAGUCAUGUUUGGAUCGGUGCCUCUCAACAUGCCCUCUAUCAGAACUGCAGUCUUACACAACACCGGAAAGAACCACGCCUACUAUCAGGUGCUAGAUGUUUCUCCUCUGCCAGGCUUGGUGGUGAGUCCACCUGAGGGCGUGGUGCCGACUGGGGGGCAGGCCGCACUCCAGAUCCACUUCAUUCCCGACUCUGUCAUCAAGUUUGACACUACAGUAAAGACAGCUCUGAGGAACAUGAAGUCCUUGGAGCUCAGAGUGGGCGGAUCAGUGGAGCCUCCAAAUGUAGACAUCAGUGUGGCCCGUUUCCAGUUUCUCGGGGUCCAUGCUGGCUCUCAGCGAGCGAUACCGUUCGCUCUGACAAACCACUCGUCAGCCGCAGCCCAGAUUACCUUCGACCUGGCAGAAUACUCCGACUUCUCUUUGCACCUCCCUCAGCCCUCACAGUUGUACUGUGUGGUGAUAGAGAAGGAGCCGGGCGUGAGUGUCGUGGAAGUCAGAGGCCACCAGACUGUGGACUGUUCCCUUGUCUUCUCCCCCACCCAGGCAGUCGGCUAUGAUUUCCACCUGCCAAUGAUGGUCAACGGAGCGCGAUGGGCCACUGCUUCUCCGUCCCCUCUCUCCACCUCCUGCUCCGUCUCCUCCUCGCUGCCAGCCGGCAGCAGGAAGCGUGUCGUCAAACCUGUUCCAUGGUCUGUCGCCAUGGCGACGCAAUGGCCUCAGCGCGUACAGGCCACAGUGCUGUGCGCCCCCCUGGAAAUGUCCCCCUCUAGCCUAGAGUUCAAUGUGGAACCCCAGGCACCACAGUCUCAUGCUUACACCAAGACAGUGGAGCUGAAAGCGGUGUGUGAGGAGAGCGUGUUUUGGCGCAAGGGCGUCAGGCAACAUGCGAACUGGUGGUUUGGCUGCAGAGGAAAUGCAGUAGCCGAGUACAGAAGAGAGGGGGAGCUAUGUGUGGUGUCUCCAUCAUCAGGCAGUCUGGGGCCGGGCCAGUCCAUCUACUUGACGGUCAGCAUCAGCGCUGAGGCUGUCACAAUGGGCUCUGGCAGAGUGACCAAACUGUCCCUCCCUCUCUACCUGGAAGACGAGGGAGGACAGGGGAUGGGAGGAGAGGAGGUGCAUGAACCUUACAGAGAGCUGUCCAUCACCAUCCAGCCUCCCUGUAUCACCAUCCACCCCCCUCAGAUCCUCCUCACGCCAGUACCCCUGGAAGGCAUCGCAACCGCCACACUCACCCUGCUGGCUAUUGGAUAUCCUCGUGGAACCACGGUAUCAGCUGAAGUGGACGAGGUGGAACUGGAGGAUGGGGUGAAGAUUCGGCCCGUUUCCAUCAUCUUCCCAGAGGGUAACAACCUUCCUGCCCAACACCAGGAUCAGAGACAUCCAGUAGGCAUUCAGAACCAGGAGGCCAAUGUGACCUCUCUAGCCUGCAGCGUGUCCUUCUGCUCCGCCAUCCCUCUGUCCCUCUGCACAGCCAUCACCUUCACCGACCACCUCCACAACAAGUUUAAGGUGACGUUGUGUGCUAUCGCUGACAACUGCGUGUUGACAGUGUGGCCCUACAUGGCCCAGCACCGCUCCGAGCUACAGAUAGUUCUCAAGACUGGGGCCACAGAUAUUGAGGCGAUCCUGCAGCGCCAUCACACACCAAGUCUUGCCUCCGGUCCGACUUCAUCCUCCUCCUCCUCAUUGUUUGAUCGCAACAGCUCAACAAGCAAGAACUCGACGGCAUCAGACUCCUUUCCAGACAGUGACAGCUCGAGCGGUCAGGCCAGCAGGAAUACGGAAGGACUAUAUUACCAGAAUGUAUUAAUGGCCGCGGAGAGGUGGUUUAGCUUCUUUGGGUGGCCGAGUGGACCACACCCCAUCUCUGUGCCACACACACUCAGAAGAGUUGCGUCCAAAGUUCAAACGAAUCAUUCCAGUGGACGGACUUAUCAAGUCACUCAAAAUAAUGACUCCAGGUCUGUAGUGGACAUGCUUCACCACCUGACUGGCAAACAGAUUCCUGGUAUUCCUCGGAGUCAGACACUUUCCUCUGAUAUAAACCAGCGCACCGAUCAGCUGCUGCAGCAGCAUGAAGCUAUGCUGACUUUUCUCCGGGUGCAGGGAGCAUGCCUUUGUCACAUCCGACCGCAGUACUUGCUUGACAUGCAGGAGUACGAACACUGGUGCUCCCUCCUGCAGUCAAAUAAGGAAGAACUUGGUCUGGACUACAGCAGUGUUGACUUCGAGUCUCUGAGCAAGCGAUCCUGGACUGACGUCCUGCUGCAAAUAUACAAGGUGCUGGUGUUGUGCCGCGUGUCAGAGAGCGGUUUGAACACUCUGAAACGCGACGGCGUAGAUGGAGUCCUCCCCGUCGGGUCACAGCCACGGGCCAGUAACAUCUAUUCAUCCUGCGAGCUCCGGUUGCUCUUAUGGCUCAACGUGCACUACCAGAGCAUGAGGAAGACUAUGUUGGGAACAGGCGGUGUCCCAUCAGCACGCUGGAUAGUGGAUUUUGACCUGGACUUGACAGAUGGACUGGUGCUCACUGCUCUGCUUGCUGCCCACUGCCGUCACCUGAUCUGCAGCCACUUCCACAGGAUGUACUCCACAACCAACAGCCUGGAUCAGAUAAUGCACAACAACAUUAUAGUGGCCCAGGCCUUAACUGCACUGUGUCUCAACCUAGACGUACAGCCCACAGACUUGUCGGACCCCAAUCCAGUGCAGAUGUUAAUCCUGUGCGUUCACCUGUAUGAGCGGCUGCCGCAGUACCUGCCGCUGCGCACUAUCACUCUGUCAGGAGGUCUGCACAGCACUUUCAGCAAACAGGUGCGUCUGGAAAACCCGUCCUCUAAGCCAAUCAAAUACCAGGUUCUUCUUUUAGGAGAGGAUGCCCGUCUCUUCUCCCUCCCUGGUGGAUCGGCUGUCACUAUUCCUCCAAAGGCGCGCGCCGAACUGACGGUCCAGUUCAGCUGCGUCGUCAUGCAGCCCAUGGAGGCGGCCCUCCUGCUCAUCCCCAGUUCUCCCUUCGGCCUGUGCGGCACCACUCUCGCCUUCAAUCUGAAGACCCGCGUCAGUCACAUCACACCCACGAACACUGUCAAGUGCAAGUCUCCAUGCUACCAGCUGAAAGUAAUCCAAGUGCCCAUAACUAACCCCUUCAACAAAGAAGCCACGUUCAGGGUCGUGCUGGUGGAGUCUCCGUUCAACCCACUGGACCCCAAAAAGAAAGGAGAAGGCCUCUUUCAACAGGCCUCCUCCGAAGCCAAUAUGAAGAUGAUGACUCCAGACAGGAGCUGUGGGGAGGAGAUGGAAGGAAAGUGCUCGGAUCUCAAUGGUGAAGACACUGAAUUCCUGAGUGCAGUAAGGAGUGUUUGUCUGAAGUCAGGCCAAGAAGACACUCUGAACAUCCACUACCUGCCCUUCUGCCCAAGCACCAAGUACUGCUCUGUGCUGCUAGUUUGCCCGCAGGUGGGAGAUAUGGUCUAUAUGGUGAAGGCCACAGCAGAGUUGCCUCUUCCUUCCCCUUUCACUGCCUGGCCCAGUUCCAACAUAGUCUCCAUCCCCUGCAACUCUGAGCCAGCUGUGUGUGUGACAGUACUAAGCCUACAAUGCAAGGUGGGGCAGGUGUGUGAAGAGUUGGUGCGCGCGCCGCUCAUCAAUAUGGCCCGGGAGCUAGCUCUGAUCAUCUGGGGUCAGUACAGCAUGAGCGCUGAUGAACACAGGAGGCGUAAACUGACGCAUUCUUUGCACAGCAGCACCGUGAGGGCAGCCACGGCUGUGCGCAAGCUCGUCAAACAUCAGGCCCAACUGUUGAGAGAUGUUCACCACAGUAAAGGAGUAGAAUACAGCGUGGAGGUUUCUUUGCCACAAUACUUUGCUUUACCCAGCAAUGUUACAAUACCUAUAAAGGAAGACAGCAACAUAUCAUGGGAGAAUCCUGCAGAUUGUGGCUGUGUGGACAUCCCAGUACGGUUCCAGGCGGACUCUGUGGGGCAAUUUACAUGUCAGGUGGUCCUGAGGUCCUGGUGUGACACCAGGGUCUAUGUGCUAGAGGCGCUGGUCACUUCACAGGGAGGAUCCGUCCACUUGGACUUCAGUUCGCCUGCUCACCGCUCACUCACGCAAGACAUACCACUGCACAAUGAGACCCAUCAAGACUGGAAAAUACAAGCUGAGGUGUGUGGUGAAGGAUUCUCCGGCCCAAAGACUUUGGAUGUGCUGGCAGGGACAAGAGCCUGCUACCCACUCACCUUUCAGCCUUCUGCACAACGCAUUGUCAUGGGCGCGCUGUCCUUACAUAACGACUGUGACGGCACCGACUACGUGUUUACCCUCAAAGGAGUGGGAGAGCCCCCCCUAGCAGUGGACCAUGUGGUAUUACAGUGCUCUGUAGGUCAAACAACACACACACAGAUCGCUGUCCCCAACUACAGCCAGAACAAACUCACUCUCAAGGUGGUGACAGACCUAUCUGUUGUGGGUGGCCCUCCCUCUCUGGAGAUCUACCCUGGUCAUAGCGCUCAAUACACCCUGGCUGUGUCACCAUGGAAACGAGGAAAACAGACAGGAUGUGUUUCGUUUCAAGAAAUUGUUGACAUGCAGGACGCAGACGAGCACAAAGGAAGUGUUCUCGGCUAUUACGAGGUGUACUUCUCUCUAGAGAUAAUUUGUGAGCCAGCAGCACCCAUCAAGGUCAUAGAUGUACAAUGUGCUGCUCAGAGCUCAGUGUCCAUAAAGGUCGCUGUCAAAAACCCACAUGGAGAGCCGCUGAUGCUGGAUGUGUACCUGGAAGGAGACGAGCUGAGCGGGGCCGACCGGGUUUCAAUCCCCCCACGGGACACUCUCACUUACAAAGUUAUGUUCUCCCCUGGCAGAGUAGGGAAGAGCACAGGCAGUGUGGUGUUCCAGUCAGAGCUGGUCGGGGAGUUCUGGUAUCAGCUGGCGCUUUAUGCUACUCCGCCUCCUGUCAUCGAGCUCCCACAGGCCUGCUGUCAGAUGGGCAAAUGGACCAGCCAGACCAUUCCCCUCGUUAACCCAACAGCCGAGACUCUGGAGCUGAUCGUAGCCAACAGUAACCCCAGACACUACUCGCUGGACAUGGAACCAGGAAAUACUCUUAUUGUUGAGCCCCACUCCUCCACCCAGCUUGGUGUCCGUUUUAGUCCUUCAUCCAUCGGAGAGGGGAACCAUGCGGCAAAGAUCACUUUCACGUGCCCUCAGUUGCAGGACUCGUGUGUGUUGUUGAGUGGGCGUGGCCUCGUUCCUGAGAGCGAGGAGCCUCUGAGCAUCUCAUCCCCGAUCGGCUCCAACGCCUCCAUCACCGUUCCCUUCACCACCGAGCUCCCAGCCGUGCUCAGUAUCACACUCGCAGACGAGGACCCGCGUCGAGCCCCCGACUGCCAUCAAGUCACUACGGACAAGGAGGUGUUCUCUCUCCCUCUGAGCCACACUGAAGGUAUACAGAUCUGUGAAGGGGCCAGUUUCAAUGUGCCUGUAGUGUUUGCGCCCAAGUCUAUGGAGCUCCAACAGGCCUGGCUCUGCAUCACGAUGAAGCCCAGCAGCAGUACCUUCAGUGCAGACAACGUGAGGUCACAGCAGGAACGGCCAACCAACUGUUGGAUUUACCCUAUCCGUGGGAUUCCCAUGGAGUCGCCUGUUGACAACUCUCCACUUGGCGCGCUCUAUUGUGAAGCGGGCUGCCAGCUGGAAAGGAAGGUGGAUGUACUGCUCACUGGGUGCGUGCCGGGGAACGGAGACCGGAAAGGACAGGAAGUUACCCGGGCGAUGGCGGAAGACUUCCUGUGCACGGUUCAUUCAGACGGCAAAUCGGAGCGCUCGGAGGUGGAGGACCGCCUCUCCGCCGCCAUAGAGGUAGCAAGGAGGGACCCUGAGACCGGCAUCGUAACACUCACGCUUAAUCUGGUCUACGCCCCCCUCAGGCCAUGCAGGCGCUCAGCGGUCCUCGCUGUGCGUUGUGUGUCCGGGGGGAUCUGGGAGUUUCCCAUCACUCUCAUCUCCACAGAGCCUCAAGCGGACGAUGUCAUCCCCACUGAAGCCACUGAGUUGGGAAAGACUUCAGCCGUGGGCUUCCGUCUGACCAGCACCACCAGGAGGCCUGAGCCGUUCACUGCAGCCUUCCUGCCAGGCGGCAGCAAUGAUUUCAUGGUGACUCCGGCCUCGGGGAUGUUGCCUCCUGUCGGUUCUACCGGAGCCCUCAUCACUGUGUCCUUCACACCCAGCACACACCGCCAGCACACGGCAAGACUAACCAUCCAGGCAGCAAACAUGCAGUGGACCUACGAGGUGAGAGGGAAACUCCUCCUCUGCUCCGUCCAGCCAAUGAAAUGUUGAAAUAUAUGGAGCUGCAUAUUCAGCCUUUUCAAUAAGUCUCAAUGGGUAUUUCAGAUUUCAGUUCUGUUUCCUCAAUAUUUAAAUAUUAUAUACUGUGUCAAUAAAAAAGCAUU